UGCUUAUGCAAGUCACGUGUAUAUACUUAUUUAGUUUUGCAAGAAUGACACAAAUCUUUCAUGAAAAAGGGUAGCAGUAUGGCCGCAACAAACAAGACAAAUAAAGGUCAAGUAAAAGAGGACGGAAAACUUAAAAAAGACAAGAAAUAUAUUAUUCAAGGUUUAAAUGGUGGUCCACGGGAAGAUGAAGCACCACAGAAGAUAACGAAAGGCAAAUCGGGCAAAACUGAAAGUAUAGAACUUAAGCUAGGAACUACCGAAUUGCCUCUGGAAGACGCCCAGCUUGUUUUGGACCAGUACAAAAAGUUAAAAACAGACGAUAGGUUUGUAAACACAUCAGGUUUUCUUACCGAGCUUUUCCGGAAGUUGCAACCAUUAGAGAAGGGUCAGUCUACUAGAUUAGAAGUGGACAUGACAGUGAGGCAGUUCCAGGAUUACAGUGAAGGAUUUAAAUACAAGAUGGAUGCUAAACCAAGAGGUUAUGCAUUAAUUAUUAGUAAUGGAACAUUUUACCAGAUUCCCGGAGACCCUUUAAGUAGAGAACUACCGAAAAGACCAGGAGCAGACACUGAUGCAGAAAACUUGGAAACAGUUUUAACUGGACUAGGAUUCCGUGUAGUAAGGAAAGAUAACCUGAAAAAAUGGGAAAUGGAACAUGAAAUAAAGACCAUCGCUCGUGCUGAUCAUAAAGCCUUUGACUGUUUUCUACUUAUUUUGUCCAGCCAUGGAAAUUUAGGGAAAUUAUAUGGUAGUGACGGGCAACAAGUUAUGAUGAGUCAGCAGUUAAAGUUGUUUAAAACAGAAGCGUGCAAAGACCUGAAAGGCAAACCAAAACUGUGUUUCUUUCAGGCCUGUCCUGUUGGCGAAGAAGAUGUACUUGUAGUUGCAGACACAGCAGCUCUGGCAAUGGAAGGAACAAAUAAAGGGAAAAAGAAUAUUUCCGACGAGAAACCCAAGUUUUUGAUUAACGACGUUGAUUUUCUGGUGGGAUACUCUUCUCUACCUGGAUCUGUUAGUUACCGUUCCGAACAAUCCUCAUCAUUUUACCUCAACUCACUCUACAAAAAUCUCAAAGACAAAGGCGAGGCGUAUGAUCUUGUUACUAUUUUGGAAGAUGUUAACCGUGAACUCACUGCUAAGAAAGCUAAGUACAGAGCUGGCGAUGUUAAUGCUGUAUCAACUUUUGUGUCAUGUCUACGAGGACCAAUAUUUUUCCAAUAAUAUCUAUGUACAAAAGAUUGUCAAAAUACAAUUUAAUUACACGUUUGCUUUAAUGCCACACAUGAUUAUGAAUGAUUGUAUUUACUACCAAACAUGAUUAACGGUCCUCUGUUGCUUCAAUUAAUAUAAUAGUGGGGAACUAAAUAUAUUACAAAGAAGACUAAACAUACUAAAGAAAGGUAACGUCGCAAGUGACCUGUUUUAAGGUUGAUUACUGACUUUACUCAAUAUUUUUUUACGAUUGACCAUAAUAUUAAUUAGCAAUCUCCUACAGGUUAAUAUUGUUUUGAGAUUCUGUGAAAUAAUAUAUAGUUAAAUAGAUCAUUAUCAUUCAUGA